GGCAACGUAGCGCUGUUUGCGCGGUUCGGCGCCAGUCGAACACCAGACAUGGCAGCGCGCCGACUGCCGCUGCCUCUGCUGCUGCUCGCGGCUUGUGCAACCGCCGAGCUGCGUCUCGUCACCGUCGUAUUUCGGCAUGGUCCACGUACUCCAGCCGAUACAUAUCCGACGGAUCCUUAUGUAAACUAUGACUUUGCUCCUGCAGGCUGGGGGCAACUAACUAAUGCUGGAAAAUUAUCUCAAUAUGAGCAGGGUACGUGGCUCCGCCAGAGGUAUGGUGAAUUCCUUGGAAAUACUUAUUCACCACAAAUACUUGCUGCUCACAGCACAGAUGUUGAUAGAACAAUUAUGUCUGCUCAGCUGGAAUUGGCAGGGCUGCUACCUCCAAAUGAUGAACAGCAAUGGAACCCUGAGCUUAACUGGCAGCCAAUUCCAGUACACAGUCAGCCAAUCGCUCUUGACAAUUUGUUACUAGUAAGAAUCCCAUGUCCCAAAUAUUACCAAGAACUGGAAGCUGUCAUGAAGAGUGAAGAGGUCCAAGAAAGACUCUCUUCAUUGAAUGCACAGGAACUGUAUGUGAACCUUACUCAGCUAACUGGCAUCAGUAUACAGAGUCCUGAUGAUGUCCAAUCUAUAUACAGCACACUAAAAGCAGAGGAAGAAUUUUCAUUAGAAUUACCAGAAUGGACAAAAGAAUAUUAUCCUCACAAAUUGGCCCCUAUAACAGCAUACAGUUUCACCCUCAAUGGCUACAACGCAGUUUUACAAAAACUCAAAGGAGGUCCAUUAUUAAAAAAAAUAGUCAAUGACAUGAAAGAAAAAGCCAAUGGGACUUUAACGCCAUCACAAAGAAAAUUUUAUAUGUAUGCUGGGCAUGACUCAACUAUAUCAAAUUUACUCCUUGCACUGAAAGUAUGGGAUGAACAAAUUCCUGCAUAUGGUGCACUAAUUAUGAUAGAACUACAUCAAGACAAAACAAGUGGAGAGCACAGUGUCCAGAUACAUCUUCGAAACUCAACCAGCCUUGAUCCAUAUGCACUAAAAAUUUCAGGAUGUGAACUGGAUUGUAAGCUAGAUACUUUCUUGAGACUUGUAGAUGAUGUGAUUCCAAAUAACCUGGAAACUGAGUGCAAAGUUGAAGACCCAAAUUAUGUACCACCAACUCCAGCACCUCCUUAAAUAGUAGUAUGAACUGCUAAUUAAAGAAAGAGGAGGAGGAUGAGGGGAAGGAGGAGGAGAAAUGAAGAUAACAUACUACUACUUGGUCUUGUGCAUCUCUGGUUCUUCAGAUAUGAUCAUUUGACAACAACUUUUCAGAAACUUAUAAGCAACAACCCAAAAAUUGUGAUGAUUAAAAUAGUAACAAACAUAAAAAUGUCAAUAAAAUUAAGACAUCUAAAAUUGCA